AUGAAUGACGACCGAUAUUUUUUCGGCGAGUCAUUCACCACAUUCUCCAGGAAGGUGCAUGUUAUCCAAGCCGCUUGGCUAACAAUAUGGCUUGACAUAAUUCUCCUCCUUUCCUAUGCCCUGAUUAUUCCCUUGACCGUCGGCUAUUUUGAUGCGCUAUGUUUUAUUCAAUUGUGUGUUUCCGGAGCGGCAAUUUGUUCAGUGAUUGUCGGCAUGCUCAAAGAGCAACAACAUUAUUUAUGGUUUUUGAUGUUCGUUAAGGGUUUUCAACUCGUGCUCUAUGUGCUGCUCCUCAGCUUUUCAUGCAUAUUUGCAAUUUUUAAUAAGGCUGUGUUGCUACGGUUUAUUUCAUUGCGGUUCAGGACGAUAACUAAUUCAAACGCUGAAUGGCACAUUGCCCUCGUCGUUCUCCUCCUUCUCGUCCAAAUGUUCUACAAUUUGGCCGCGCUACAAGCCCUCUACAAUGCAUACGACUAUUUUCGCCUCAAAAACGCCUUCAAAUACGAGCAGUCGCGGCGCGAGUUUUUUGGCCAUGGUCGCCAACUUGGAUGGGUA